CUGCGCUGGCGCCCAACUGUUGUUUUGAAACGGCCGCGGACGGCGAGGCGUCGGGGCUGUCCCCCGCUCUGCCGGAUCGCCUCCACCUGCCGUUCCCUUUCCCUCACGGUUCCCAUCUCACGACCUCAGCGCGCCCCAACGCCUGGUCAGAGUCUUCGGACCCGCUCUCCGCCGUAUCUCCCUCCCUCGGGGGCCCUUCUGCCCUCUGGACCGGCAGGUAGCUGGACGGGCCCCUCAGGACCCCGCGCCGAGGGCCUCGAAGGACCCCGUUCGCCGGGCCCCGCCGCGCGUGCGUCGCGCGGAGCUCUAGGGACUCGGGUUCGCAGGCGCUGCGGGAGCUCGUGGAUUUCGCUUUCCCGCCUCCCUCCUGCCUCCAAGGCCGGCGCUUACCUCCGUCCUCCCACUUCAGUGCGACCAUGUUUGUUCCCUGCGGAGAGUCGGCCUGCGACCUCGCGGGUUUCACGCUCCUGAUGCCAGCAGUAUCCGUUGGAAAUGUUGGCCAGCUUGCAAUAGAUCUGAUUAUUUCUACAUUGAAUAUGUGUAAAAUUGGUUACUUCUAUACCGAUUGUCUUGUGCCGAUGGUUGGAAAUAAUCCAUAUGCAACAUCAGAAGAAAAUUCAACAGAACUCAGUAUAAAUGCUGAAGUAUAUUCAUUGCCUUCAAAGAAGCUAGUGGUUCUUCAGUUAAGAUCCAUUUUUAUUAAGUAUAAAUCAAAGCCAUUCUGUGAAAAACUGCUUUCAUGGGUGAAAAGUAGUAACUGUGCCAAAGUUAUUGUUCUUUCAAGCAGUCAUUCAUAUCACCGUAAUGAUCUACAACUUCGCAGUACUCCCUUUAGGUACCUACUUACACCUUCCCUGCAAAAAAGUAUUCAAAAUAAAAUAAAAAACCUUAACUGGGAAGAAAUGGAAAAAAGCCCAUGCAUUCCUGAAAUAAGUGAUUCUGAGUAUUGCAUCCGUAUACCUGGAGGAGGUAUCACAAAAACACUCUAUGAUGAAGGCUGUUCUAAAGAAAUCCCAAUGGCAGUUCUGCUCAAAUUUGUUUCAGAAGGAGACAAUAUCCCAGAUGCAUUAGGUCUUGUUGAAUAUCUUAAUGAAUGGCUUCAGAUAAUCAAACCACAUAGUGAUGACCCCACAGCGUCUGCCUUGCCGUGGAAAAUGCCAAGUUCUUGGCGAUUACUCUUUGGCAGUGGUCUUCCCCCUGCACUUUUCUGAUCUGUUUUCAUUUUUAUACGUUAUGUCCCAAGAUACUUAUUACCAACACAACUGUUAGCUGUAUAAAAGUUGUAUUAUCUAAUGUAUUAGAAAAUAAAUCUUAACUCUUUACAGAAAAAAAUGGAUUAGCAAAAGAUUGGUUUUGCUAUGCUUUUCAUCAUAUACAAAUGUAAAUUUUGUACAAUAAAACAUUUCCUAAAUAAUUUCA